CCAAUUCCUUGCACCACAACUCAAAAACAUAACCUCCAUAACUCCCUCAAUACAACCUCUCUCUCCUUCUCUCUCUUUCUAUUUCUCUCUCCUCUUUGCCCUUCAACUAUCUCUCUCCAUUUGAGGAAAUGGCGUCCUCGUGGACCGCGAAGCAGAACAAGCUCUUCGAGAGGGCGCUGGCGGUGUACGACAAGGACACCCCCGACCGGUGGCAGAAUGUGGCACGAGCUGUCGAAGGCAAGUCCGCAGAAGAGGUGAAACGACACUACGAGAUGCUUGUGGAGGACCUCAAGCACAUCGAGGCGGGCCAGACGGUUUACUCCAACUACAAGUCCUCCGGCGGCGGCGGCGCCACCGAGGAGCAGAGGUUAAGGUACUUAAACCUCCAGUGAAGCAUGGAAUCAAAAAGCAGAAUCUCUUUAAUGUGUAUAAAGUGGUGGAGCCAUUGUUCUUCUUCUCUAGAUAAAAGGAGGAGCUUAGCUGAUAUAACUUGUUCUUCUUAAAGAACAUUAAAAAGUACAAUUAGUUUCACUUUCUCUUUAUUUAGGUAUAAGUGCUUGGUAUCUUGUGCUCUAUCCUCAUAUGUGUGUGUGUAUAUAUAUAUAUGGAUCAGUCAUCUAGUUGAUGUCUUUGGUAUUUAAUGAAAUUAUAUAAUAUUGUGUGA